GACUUCCUAUGGAACAGAAAACAAAACAUUUCAGCAUUCGGAGUAAUUCUGGUAUGUUUUUCUACAUCAUGCUACUGGCAAAAAUGCAGUCGACAAAAGAUUGUGCUCCAUCAACUUCUGACAUGGACAUCUGAGGAAUAUAAAGCCUGAUGGUGACAAAGGGUGAUAAUUUCCUAUUUUUCACUAUUUAUCUCACCGGUUUUGGACUUAGCAAUGGAUAUUCUUUGUGAUGAGGAGAGCUCUGUGAACCCAACUGCAAACUCCUUAAUACAAAUAAAUCAUGAGAGAAGACUCUACAGAAACGUUUACGGACCCGGAGAGAUUAAUAUAUCACAUCUCUUUAACUUGACUGCGGACUCCGAAAACCUAACUAAUCUUUCGUGUGAAAGUAAUAUGAGUCCACCAUGCUACCCUUCCCUGUUACAGCUUUCACAGAAAAACUGGCCAGCUUUGCUGACAGUGAUAGUGAUUGUUUUAACCAUUGCUGGGAAUAUUCUUGUCAUCAUGGCUGUGUCACUGGAGAAAAAGCUGCAGAAUGCCACUAACUAUUUUCUAAUGUCACUUGCAAUAGCUGAUAUGCUGCUGGGUUUUCUUGUCAUGCCUGUGUCAAUGUUAACCAUACUGUACGGAUACACGUGGCCUCUACCUACGAAGCUCUGUGCCAUUUGGAUCUACUUGGAUGUGCUUUUCUCCACUGCCUCCAUCAUGCACCUCUGUGCCAUCUCGCUGGACCGCUACAUUGCUAUUCGAAACCCCAUCCACCACAGCCGGUUUAACUCAAGAACGAAAGCUUUUGCAAAAAUAAUCGUUGUUUGGACCAUAUCAGUUGGUAUCUCCAUGCCUGUACCUGUCUUUGGACUACAAGAUGACUCCAAAGUGUUUAAGAAGGGCAGCUGCAUUCUAGCGGAUGAAAAAUUUGUCCUAGUAGGCUCUUUUGUGGCAUUCUUCAUCCCUCUAACUAUCAUGGUGGUCACUUACUUUUUAACUAUCAAGUCGCUGCAGAAAGAAGCCAUGUUGUGUGUGAAUGACAUUGGCCCAAAGACCAAGUUUGCUUCAUUUAGUUUCCUCCCUCAGAGUUCCCUUUCUUCAGAGAAACUCUUUCAGCGCUCUUUGAACAGGGACGUGGGGACUUCUGGGAGGCGAACCAUGCAAUCCAUCAGCAACGAGCAGAAGGCUUCCAAGGUCCUUGGCAUUGUCUUCUUUCUGUUCGUUGUGAUGUGGUGCCCCUUUUUCAUCACCAAUGUGAUGGCCGUAAUUUGCAAGGAGUCAUGCAACGAAGAAGUCGUCGGUGGACUGCUGAACGUAUUUGUCUGGAUUGGCUACCUUUCUUCGGCUGUCAACCCACUCGUGUAUACGUUGUUCAAUAAGACCUACCGCUCAGCUUUCUCUCGUUACAUUCAGUGUCGCUACAAGGAGGAGAAGAAACCUUUCCAGCUGAUUUUAGUGAACACUAUCCCAGCGCUCGCGUACAACUCCAGCCAGCUCCAGCUGGCACAGAUGAAGAGUCUGAAAAAAGAGGCCAAAAUGGUGACUAAGGAUUAUUCAAUGGUCACGAUAGGAAUACGUCACGUGGAUGGUACCUCAAAGGGAAGCAUCAGUCCAGGGAACGAAAAGGUUAGCGGCGUGUGACUCUACCAGCCCAUCGGCAGAUGCCAUGGCAACCACCAAGAGUACGCUGAAAAUUUCACCGCGCCGUGAGGAGCUCUGAUAGCGUAGGAAAAUCAGGCCCUGCUCGAGAGACUCUCCAAUAGCAUCACAUACACCUCGUAUUAUCCUGUUGACGAAAAGCAGGGUUGAAACGGUAUCCAAUGUGCAAUUUUUUUUCAUACAGUACUUUGGCUGUUUUAAGCACAGGCUUUAUUAAACUUAUUUUUUUAAUAUUCUAAAGGAUAUAUUUCUUAAAGAAAAAAAAAAUGCAAUUUCUGGUAUUCUAACAUGGGCUGUGAAGAAAUGUACGCAUUUCUUUUCUCUUUGCAAGUGAAAGCUAAGCUGUCCUUUGAUUUCCUCGCAGAGUAGGUUCCAGCUAGUUCGCCUUGCUGCAAUGGAAUUUUGUUAUCAUUAACUGAAUGAGCACUUUACGGAAUUUUAAAUAAAAUGAUGGUUAAUUUACUAAUAUAUAUUUAAGAUAAAUUUUAAAGCAUUAAAGAAAAAUCUAUUAAAACCUGUAUAGAUGAAUUAUAUGGAAAUUUUGGUAAUGGUGUUUUUAUGGCUAUUUUUUCUUCUGAGUGACCAUUCAGAUAUGUUACUGGACUUUCCUGCCAUUUGCUCUAUAGUUCAAAUUAGCAAUCUUCAGAAGUAAAUUAUACUUGAACGAUCCUUUGUUUCUACCACCAUUCUUAAUCUUUAUUUCUUGUCUGGAACUUUAUUUCCAUUCUAAAAGUUUCAUAUGUUCUAUUUAAAACUUGAAAGUAAUUUUUUCAAAAGUAAUUAUUAGACGUGAUUCUCUGCUCCUUCCCACUGGUGUUGACAGCGAAGUGAAGGGAGAAAAGAGUGGAAAAUCAGGCAUAACAUUGCUAAAUAAUUUCAAGAAUGAUUCUAUGCCUCUGUUUGAUUCCAGAAGAGCCUGACUUCCACUUAUCGGUGGAAGUUUUACAUGAACAAAUCCUUAAGUAAAAGGUUUCAGCAGAGUCUCUCUCACCAUUUCUCUUUGGUUAAUAAGGCCGUUAUGAAGGUGUCCUUCAGGUUUUGUUUUAGUGCUUGUAGAGUCAGGAUUAUUUAAGAACUGUUACUUGUUCAAAAUUGUUUUCCCUGUUUUUGCUGUUUUGCUGUUAUGGUAGAUUGCUCAGGAACGGUAGGUAGCUUGCACUAUUAGGACUCAGCCUUAAUGAAAUAUGUUUGGGCAAAUUGGGCCCACUUGAAAAUAACAGGACUUAUAAACAGCACCAUAUUUCACCUGCAUAGCUCCAAGGGCAGAAAAAACAUUACACAGAGAAUAUCAAACACAUCGUCUGAACAAAUGCCUAGUCAUGAAACUUUUGCUUUUGGGCAUCAUAGACAAUUCAACUGAAGCCAGUGGGACCAUGCUGGAGAGCAGAGAUACAAAUGUUGCAUCCAUCUGCAAAACUUAAAUCCAAGCAUUCAAUUCCUUACAUGAUUUUUUCAGCCAUAAUGAAGAGAAGUAGGAUGUAUCCGAGUUUCAGAUCCUGUCCCUUUAGAAAAAAACCUGUUCAGAAGCCAAAGUCCAAUGCCUUCAUCAUUUUGUAACUCCUUCUCUUGAAGCUGCUCAGUUUUCACAGGACAAUUAAAUAUCUACUAGAAGGGGAGAGAGAAAAAUAAAUCUGAUUCUAGCCAACCAGCUGGGGUAUUUGACUAGAAGAGGAAGACCUUUAGGUUAAAAUACUUAAUUCUGUGGUAGAAAAAGACUUAGAACUUGGCUGUUUAUUUGGCUGUUUUCCAAGCAACCCCUUUUAUUGUUCUUUUACCAGUUGCCACUGAGACUGCUAAAUCUGCUGUAUUUGGGGGCAGUCAGGGGAAAGGAAACACAGGUGCUUCCAAAAGUGGAGGGAGUUGCCACCUUUCAUGCCAUUCAUUCCCACCUUGACGCAUCCCUGUCCUUGCAAAAGAAACAAGCAGAAAGAAGAAACAGUCCCAGUCCCACUGUCCGUCUGUGCCAGGCAGCAGAGCUGGCCUGCACACCUUCAGAUGUAUAUGGGCACCCUGCACUUUUCCAAAGCUCAGUUUUUCCAGAAAUUCCUGAGGGUCUGGUUGGUGUGCAGCACCAUUUCCUUCACUCGGCUGCACUUACUGAGCUGUUACCGAACAUUUAACAUGUCUGUGCUCUCUGCUUACUCUCUGCAUUUCACCCACGUGGCAGAACAAAUCAGCCUCCCGUUUCUCUCUCGUUUCACCUUCUGUUCCUCUCCCACAAUGUCAAAUUGCUCAGGUUGCAAAUACUGACGGGGAAUGUUUCAUUACAAACAGAAAGGGUGUCAAUUACUCGCUUGAUGUUUCAUUAGAAGAUGACUCUGAACAUUAAAAUCCUUCCUGCUUAUUAAAAUAAAACCUAUAUUUUGGGGCUAAGAGAUUGGGCAGCAUUUCUUCAGUAGACAGCUGGAAGUAACCUAACAUUUAUUUUUAUUUUCUUUGGUUAGAAGCAGGGAUGAUGCCUGAGAUUUUAGUACUGUGGUCACUCAGGUGGUGUUACUGAGUAAGCAGCAGCUCUUGCCCAAGAAACCUAAGCAAAGCAUGCGUAGCAGAUGAAAACUUAUAUCUCCAGCUCCUUAUGAACACCUUUGACAGUUUUGCGAGGCCUGAUUCUGCCACCUUGCACCAAAAUUUUAAUAGAUUUUUGUAUGGUUUGCCUUAGUGAGGAUGACAGAGUCAGUGUCUGAAUACAUAAUACUCACCGUGCCAGGUCUGCGGGAGGUCUAAUCAGUAGAUAGCAAUUAACAGAGUUGUUACACUGCUGACAGAUGACAAAGUUCAGCUGGUUUCAACCAGGAUUUAUAGCACUGGACCUACGGUAGGGAUGAACACUACAGUUUAACACGACCAGCUUCAGGCAACAACUCCAUCUUGCAAAAAAAUAAAAGUGAGUGUUUUCAUUAUGCAUCAGACUGGAAUGAAAACUUUUGAAAACUUCCAGGCAAAUAAAGGAAAACAUUCACACGGACUAGCUCAGAGGUUAGGGCCUUCUCCUGCCCUACAGGAAAAGCAUGAUGAGUCAGUCUGUCCUAUCUGCCUCCGAACGAACCGCUUCGUCUGAGAAAUGUUUUAAUCAACAACUUUUCAAGUAGAUCUACAUUUUAUUACUGUUAAGACUGCAUCUGAAAAUGUCCAAAGACAUAAAGCUCACCAUGUAUCUCCUAAGCUGGUGUGCAUAUUUAUAAACUUCAGGGUAAAAAAAAAUAAAAAUCCUCUAUAUCAAUCCCAUUCAGCCUAUCAUGCACUGUACUUAUGUAAUUAUUGCCAAAUGGUGAGAUGCAUUCUAUUUUGAAUACCUGUAUGUUUGCUUAUGUAAAUACAUAGAGAAAAAAAAUGUUUGCUGUAUUUUGUAAAUGUUAAUGUAAAAUGGUGUUCUAAUGCUUUACUGUUUUGUCACAUCCCACUGCUAGUAAAGCAGAUUAAAAUGCUCAAAUGCUAUCAGUUGUUUUAUAAACUGGA